GCAGUGCUAGCCGCCAAUCUGGCGUAUCGCGCUUCCUUUGUGCGCUUCGCCCAGAGCCGCGGCUAUGACGUCAGCCUGCGGGAGCCCGGCUCCGCGGACGACGACCUCGCCUUCUUGGGUCAAAGGCUUGCAGUGUUAGCUGCCUUUGGCUCGUACCACCUCACCGCCGAGCCGUCCACGCACUGGGGCUGCGCGGACCUGUGCGGACCAAACGCCACUCUCGCAUGCGUGCAAAGCUCGGAGGAAAACGAGUACGUGGCGCGCCUCGCCGCCGAUGCGGGCGUGACUUGGUUCUGGAUCGGCAACUACCAGCGGCCCGCCGAAGCGGAGCCCGGCGGCGGCUGGGACGUUUGCCAGUCCGGCGAGACGGCAAACUUUGUCAAUUGGGACAAGUUUGAGCCAAACAAUUAUCGCGGCGCAGAAGAGUGCGCCCUUAUGAUCGAUGGGUUGUGGCACGACGGCCAUUGCUACCUUGAGUUCCCCUGCCUCUGCAAGUCGGGCGCCAACCCCUCCCCAGAGUACAUGGCCUUCGCGGAGGUGGAGCGCGAGCGGGACAAGUCCCUUCGCGCUGGGGCCCCCGUCCUGCAUUACAUGGCGCUUGCUUUUUGUUUUGCCGUGUCCGGGCUCAGCCUGGUCUGGGCGCUGGUCUGCCUUUUCCGAGACGUGGGGGGAAAGCACGAGCAGUUUGCGGGUGCGGGCCUAGAGAUGGUGCAGAGCGACGCGGGGCUUGGUCCGCACGACCAGGGGGUGCACGCCUCGCUCCUUUCUUGGGACGUCAUGCUGUUCCGCUGCAGCUGGCUGCGCUCGCGCCCACCCGGUUACGUGCUGCCGCGCCGGCAGGACCUGCCACCAGAGGCGCUGUUUCCGCCCGAGGAGGGGGCCGCGCUUUUUGCUCGGCAGGACCGCAGCGCGUGUGCGCUCACCUAG